AUGGCAGGAAAAACUGUAAGCUUCAAUACACAUUGCAAUCUGUCGGAGUCCCAGGUAGAGUCGGUGGCGCGAUGGCUGAGCUGCAACGGGGAGGUAUGGGGGAUGGGGCCCACGGCGGUGUUCGCGAGCGCCGCGGCGCUGUUCCUCUACAACGAGCUGCAGGCGACCAUCUUUGUAGCUGGCGACCACGCCCACGUCUCGCUGCUCGAGAAAACGCUGGUGUGCUCAAUGGUGGCCGGAAUGUUGGCGCUGAUGAUCCAUCUUUGGGUGUGCUCCAUGCGCUUCUUUCAGUACUAUCUCGACACCCUUAUUAGAGACAGCCCAAAUAUUCUUCUCGAGAUGACGACGGCGGGCUUCCUCGGACAAACAGAGAUGGUCCCGCUGGGGCCUCUCACCCGCUUCCUGAAGCAGCAGCAGCCGCAAAUCCACAUCACCAUCUGCUGGUUCCUGUCGCUGUGCUACGCGGACUACGUCAGGAAGCACUACUGCCAGCGCUUCAAUAUGCCGUAUUUGGAGCAGUGGCAAGCAGAACUGCACGCCCGCGCCUCCCGCGGCGUGCAUCACACCAUACAGAAAGUGAACAGUUUCGUGGGUGCGGUGCACCAGCGCCUGCGCGGCUACACGCAGGCGGUUGACGUGCACACACUGUCCUCCACCUGUUUGCGACGAAUCUUGGAAUUCUUCGGUCACAUUGCAAGAAAGAGGGGAGAUAAUCUUGAGAAAGCCCUCAUCACUGGCAGGUUAGAAGGAAAAAGGCCCCGAGGUCGCAGUCCAAUGCGUUGGACGGACCAAGUCAAAUCAUCUGCAUUAAUCAACAUAUCAGAAGCAAUCCACAUAGCAGAAGAUCGGGACAAAUGGCGCGAAAUAAGUGCGGGCGGGCGCGUGUCGCGCGAGGCGAGCGCCGCGGGCAGUCGCGUGUCGUUCGCGAGCGCGGCGCGGGCGGCGAGCGGGACGAGGGCGGACGGUGGGCGGCCGGACCGAGUGGUCGGCGCGCGCCUCAUCAGCCAAGCUAGUGAGACCACCGCCGAUGUGCUGGAGAAGCUCAGAGCUUAUGUUUCGAAAACUCGUUGUCCGUGCACCAACAGCGCGCAGGAGGGGCUCGCACGCGCCGACGCCAGCGCAGAUAACCACGAUCCCACCCACCUUUGA